AGACGACGCAAGAGCAGGCGGGAUGCAAGUGCCCGAUCGAUUUCAAUGAAAUAUGGGGAUGAACCACCCAGGAUGAUAGACGAAGCUUUUACUGUGAUAAAAGAACUUUUGGUUUUCAUCGUACAACUCUUGGUCUUGACCUUGAGUGCAAGCCAAUAACAAUAACUUCGGGUGCCGCAACUCACUCUACUUUUUCCGGUGCCAGUAUAUAUAUAUCCAUCUGACGCCGCUGCCGCAGUGUGGCAUCAGUCAAUCUCAAUGUUGCAAACAAGGCAACCUCAGCUCGCUUGUCUCGUCUACGGAAGAGUCCAUCUCGAUGCUUUUCUUCGCGGCACCGAUACCAAGCAAGGGCAUCAGAAACCAAUGACUCAGUAGUGUGCAACAUCGCAGGUAUUUUUGAUCAUCGGGCACGUGUUGGUGGCGCGUACUUCGGUCCACCACCGAUUCGCUGGCUAGAUUGUUUUUCUUGCGCUCGGAAAAUAUCCAAGAAAAAAAACUGUGUAACUGUGUAUGGUUUCAUUUGUGCGGCGGGCGACGCAAGACAGUUACACUGUUAAUGCGAAUUUGUCAUGCAUAUUCUGUAUGCCCCAAGAGGUCUGCAAUGCAGGACCUAGCAUGACAGCUUCUGCGAAGUCUCUAUCAUGUCUAUCCCGCAUGACAAACUGCCGCUACACUUGUUCAAACGUGGACGCCUUUUGGUAAUCAUGCAACACAAAUUUCUGUACUAUCCAGACUUAGCAUGACAAGUUGCAUCCUUCCAGACCAAGACAUUUUUGCAAUGCAUAGAGAUCAAGCCCACGGGGACGUGGGCUUGAAAAAAAGCCUUGUAGUUCUGCUCACGGUUUUGCCCGAUUCACGAGCAGCAAAGAGAGUCCAAGUUUUGCUACACGGAAAGAGCAUUUGUCAUGCGGUAUAGGCAUCAGGAAGCCCUCACAAAAUCUGUGAUGCUAGGGCAUGCAUCACAGACAUCAGGAGUCAUGUAAAAUGUGCAUGACAAACCUGGCAAUCUUCCAGACCCAGACAUUUUUACAUUUGAUAGG